AAGAUUGUAUAUCAAAAAAACAAAAUUAAAAAAGAUUGGUUAUUUUUUUACUUAUAUAUAGACAGCAAAUUGGUUAAUCGAUUCCCAUAAUUCAUUCAUUCAUCGGAAGGAAGCAAAGCAUAGUGUUUUUGGUUUUUGAACACUUCCGUCUAAUACGUCGUCGUAUGGAAGCAAUUGAACCACAAUCACUCAAGAAACGUCCCCUGGAUCUAUUCUCUCCACUUGAUCAACAACUCGCUCCUCCCGAUUCCGAAAGCAAGAAAAUUCGUGUUUAUUACAAAGUGAAUGCCGAGUAUGGUGGAAUUCAAGAAAGCAUUGCUCAACCUCAGACGAAGAAUUCUGCUACAAAGAAUCAGUCUCAAGAACCAGGGCUUGCUCUACUUCCAGGUCCAUCAAUGCCAAGCAGAGGAUCUUCCAGGAAUUUCUCAACAUCUUCUUUGAUGGAAAGAAUGGAAAGUAAAUGGCCACGACCUGAUUGGCAUGCACCAUGGAAAAACUACAGAGUCAUCAGUGGUCAUUUAGGAUGGGUGACAUCUAUUGCAGUUGAUCCCAGUAAUACAUGGUUUGCUACUGGUUCUGCAGAUCGAACUAUCAAGAUAUGGGAUUUAGCAACUGGUGUUCUAAAACUCACAUUAACAGGUCACAUCCAACAAGUAAGAGCACUUGCUAUUAGCAACAAACAUACCUACAUGUUUUCUGCUGCUGAUGAUAAACAAGUUAAAUGUUGGGAUCUUGAACAGAACAAGGUUAUUAGGUCUUAUCAUGGUCAUCUCAGUGGUGUUUACUGCUUGUCUAUUCAUCCCGACGACAACAACAUGUUAGUUACCGGAGGACGUGAUUCUGUCUGCCGGGUUUGGGACAUACGUAAACAAACCCAAAUUCAUGCUCUAGGUCAUGACAAUACUGUCUGCUCUGUGUUUACAACGGAAACGGACCCUUAUCAAGUUGUUACUGGUUCUCAUGAUUCUACAAUCAAGAUGUGGGAUGUUAGGUAUUAUGGUAAAACAUUGCUAACUACACUUACAAACCAUAAAAAGUCUGUUCGAGCAAUGGCUCCACAUCCUAAACAGCGAGCUUUUGCAUCUGCAUCGGCUGAUAAUAUUAAAAAGUUCACACUUCCAAAAGGACAAUUUUGUCACAAUAUGCUCUCUCAACAGAAAACUAUUAUCAAUGCACUGGCAGUCAAUGAGGAGGGUGUUAUGGUUACCGGAGGUGACAACGGUAGUAUGUGGUUCUGGGAUUGGAAGAGUGGUCACAAUUUCCAGCAAUUACAAACAAUUGUACAACCUGGUUCACUGGAUAGUGAAGCUGGUAUUUAUGCUUUAACCUAUGAUAUCACCGGUACGAGGCUUAUAUCAUGUGAAGCCGACAAAACAAUAAAAAUGUGGAAACAAGAUCAAAAUGCCACUCAAGAAACACAUCCCCUUAACUUCAGGCCUCCUAAAGACAUCCGUCGGUUCUAGUUAUGUAUGUAGCCCGGCCUCAUUUUGAUUAGAUGUGCUAGCUGUUACUUCAUACUUAGCUUUUUAGCACACUUCUAAUCAUCUUAAUUUGUAACAUUUCUUUGAACUUGAAUAAAGAUUAUUACUGCUUAGAUUCAUAUGUAU